UUCAAAUUCAACGAGAUACUGGUAGUCCAAUCUCGAAUUUGAGUUUAUCGUCAGAAAAUAUAAAUGGAAAUGGUUCCACUUAUGAAACUCCAUUUAGAUCGUAUUACUCAUGUUUGUCGCUGGGUAUAUCGCCACAUUUUCAGAGAAAUUGUAAAAUGGUAUCCCACAGGGGCGAAUUGGAUUUUAAUAAUAUUUCAGGAUAUUUUAAAGAUAUUCCAACAUCAGUCACAAGUGUAUUUAACGUAAUUCGCACAAAUUUGUCAGAUUUUUCAUUUAUUUAUUUGAUUAGUGCACAAUUGUGCCAAGAACUCAUGCCCAUGGAGUGUAGUGUCGAAUUUAAAAUGGGCCUUCUACUUAGUCUAGUUUCAAUCCAAAUCGACAGUAACACAGCACCAAUUCCUAUUGUCGGAAUCACUCAGAAUACCUCCUUUGCGAAUUUAUUAAUGACUCAAAUUGGGAACUUAGCUGCCCGAUUCAUCGCUCCUGUGGAUAAGUUUGAAACAUUGGAAUUGAAAAAUGAAAACUUCGUUGAAGCAAAUCCUCUGUUGUUAGCGAAAGGUGGUGUUCACUAUAUAGGGGAUUGGUCUGGGCUGAAUGAACCGUUGCGAAACAAAAUUCUGAAGAAUAUUGACUGCGGCUACAUUACUAUUGAUAAUGCUCCUCUGAAAUAUCCAUUACAUACGGCAAUUUGGUGCUAUUGGACUAACUAUAAGAACAACCUUAAUGAUAUGAAAACAUUGGGAUGUUUAAUAAAAGUUUUUGGAAUACCACUUCUGCUUCAAGAGACCUCGCCUGAAAAACUUACGGAUUUCCUCCUCGAAGAGACUAUGAUGUUCAAAGGUUACACUACUCCAAAUGAUGAUUUAACAAUAAGCUCCGAAGAUAUGCGGAAAUAUAUCAAAUAUGCAUCAAACGUUAAUGUAGAAAUGCCAUUGGUUUGCGCAGAACUGUUGAGAAAUUAUUUCAUUGCAUCACGGUUCGAACGGCCAGGAUGUUUAUCAGAGAGGGCUUACAUAUCUCUGAAACAGAUGUCCGAAUCGUUUGCUAAACUAUCAUUUAGACCUAGUGUGAUUCUGUCUGAUGUCAUUGGAGCUAUAUAUUUGAGUGAACAUUUUAUUAAAAAUGUUUUCGGCCCAGGAGUGUUUCCACCGCCUAUCGAGGCAGUUGGUAAUGAUAUGGAAAAUGUAGAAAUAAUGUUCACACGCUUCAAGGAGUGGCUUUAUGUUUAUUUAUCGCGCUUUACUCCGCAGACGAAUUAAGCAACCAUGA